CCAUUUCAUGGAGCAUCUCAGCUUCAGGAGGGGAUGACAACUGGGGAUGAAGGUGGCUUGGGCAGGCUCGGUGCCCAGUAUGAGGACCUGGGGACAGGGGACGGAUGGAGGAGGGACAGGAAAGCGUGACCGGCAGCGUGUGCCGGGAGGGAAGCGCAAGAUCCCGCUCUCCCAGCCCCAUAAGUUCUCUGGUAUCCGGCUGGGGCUCGGGGGUUGUGGUUGGGACCCACAGGGUUGGGGACAAGCUGGUGGCCCGGGGCUGGGUGGCUUUGGCAGGUGGCUCUGCCCCGGGAAGGGGAGGAGGCUGGGAGGCACUCCCAGCCCGUCCCGCAUCCCUCCCCACCGCCCCGCGAUGCUCCAGUCCCGGCUCAGCCUGGCAGCAGCGCAGGCAGGGAGGGCACCCCAGGCUGGGUGAGGACAUGGAGGUGGACAACCAGACGGAGACCUGGCACCAAAGCUUCCAGGCAGUGCUUAAUGCCUUGAACCAGACGUUGCAUGGGGUCAUCCUCUGUCCUUCUGACCGUCCUGCUGCUGCCACCCGCAACGCCAGCGCCCGCGCCGGCCGUCCCGGCCGCAAUGACAACGCCUACAUGUACAUCCUCUUCGUCAUGACCCUCUUCGCCGCCACGGUGGGGAGCCUCAUCUUGGGCUACACCCGCUCCCGCAAAGUGGACAAGCGAAGCGACCCCUACCACGUCUACAUCAAGAACAGGGUCUCCAUGAUCUAAGCCUGGUUCCCCGAUGCCUUGUCCCCCCCCUCUCCGCUCUGGGAAUUCACAGAAUCACAGAAUCUUCUAGGUUGGAAGGGACCUUCAAGAUCAUCUUGUCCAACCGUCAACCUAACUGACAAAAAUAGACACCCACACAACAAACAAGGAGCAUCACCAUCACUAAACCAU